UUUGGUUCGGUUUUGAUUCGAUUUGAGAAUACUGAAAACCACAAGGUUCUGUUUGGUUUUUAGUUUGACUCAUAAUCGAUCCAUAAUAAACUGAGAGGAGGUUCUCUAAGAGUUUUCACUAAAUCUCAUCUCAUGUUAAAGAGUAAUCAUCGUUGUCUGGUUGAUUUAAAAAAAAUCCUUUCCCGCCACCAGGGGGGAAGAAGACGCACAGAAGGAAAAAUCUGAUGGUAUUUCUGCUGGUUGCGAACCGGAGAUCUCUGCGUUUGCUUCCACCAGGGCCUCCUCCUUCCUCAAACACCUCAUUUUCUUCCCUUCACACUCGCAGCCUCUUGCCCCACAGAGCAAAACCCACCAAUUGGAACACAAGUCACACCUUCGUUCUCACAAACCCUCUGCUCUCUCUCUUGGAAAAAUGCAAAUCCAUCGCCCAACUGAAGCAAAUCCAAGCCCAGAUGGUCCUAACCGGUUUAGUCUCCGUUGGGUUCGCCUCCAGCCGCCUCAUUGCCUUUUGUGCGAUUUCGGAAUCGGCUGAUCUCGAGUAUUGCCGCCACAUUUUGGUUAACACUCAAAGCCCAAAUGUUUUCUCUUGGAACGUAGCAAUCAGAGGGUAUUCGGAAAGCGAGAACCCGGAAAAAUCCGUUUUGUUGUAUAAGAAAAUGUUGCAGAGUGGUGGGUCGCGGCCUGAUAAUUACACUUACCCUUUGUUGUUUAAGGCUUGCGCUCGUUUGUUGUUGAAUCACAUGGGUCGUGAGAUUCUUGGGCAUGUGUUGCAGUUGGGUCUUGAUUCGGAUGUAUUUGUGCAUAAUGCGGUGAUCCAUAUGCUGGUUUCGUGCAGAGAACUAGCAGCAGCACGUGAGGUGUUUGAUGGAAGUUGUGUGAGAGAUUUGGUUUCUUGGAAUUCUAUGAUUAAUGGGUAUGUUCGAAGUGGAUGGGCAUGCGAGGCACUAAAGCUUUAUCAAGAAAUGGAGUUGCAAGGAAUCCAGCCGGAUGAGGUUACUAUGAUAGGGGUGGUUUCCGCUUGUGCGCAAUUGGAGGAUUUAAGCCAUGGGAAGGAAUUCCAUCGUCACAUUGAAGAAAAUGGGUUGAAAUUGACAAUUCCGCUUGUUAAUGCACUUAUGGACAUGUAUGUGAAGUGUGGUAAUUUGGAGGCAGCACAAGUAUUAUUUGAUAAUAUGACUAAUAGAACUGUUGUCUCAUGGACUACAAUGAUUGUCGGGUAUGCAAAAUCUGGGUUUUUGGAUAUUGCUCAAAUGCUCUUUGAUGAGAUGCCAGAGAGAGAUGUUGUACCUUGGAAUGCUAUGAUCGGCGGUUUUGUCCAAGCUAAGCGUGGGAAGGAAGCCUUGGCUUUGUUUCACGAUAUGCAAGCCAAGAAUGUGAAGCCUGAUGAGGUGACAAUGGUUAGCUGCCUAUCAGCUUGCUCACAGCUUGGUGCACUUGAUAUAGGAAUAUGGAUUCAUCAUUACAUUGAAAGGCACAAACUUUCUCUUAAUGUUGCCCUUGGCACUGCUCUUGUUGACAUGUAUGCCAAGUGCGGGAACAUCACAAAGGCUAUCAAGAUUUUUCGAGAUAUCCCUGGAAAGAAUUCUUUAACUUGGACUGCAUUAAUUUGCGGUUUAGCACUGCAUGGUAAUGCCCACGAUGCUAUAUCCCACUUUAUAGAUAUGAUCAAUAUUGGUUUGAUGCCAGAUGAAGUCACCUAUCUUGGGGUCUUAUCAGCUUGUUGUCAUGGAGGCUUGGUUGAUGAAGGCCGCAAGUAUUUUGCCCAAAUGAACUUCAAAUUCAACCUUUCUCCAAAGCUUAAACACUACUCUUGCAUGGUGGACCUCUUAGGUCGGGCUGGUUUAUUGGAAGAGGCAGAAGAGCUUAUUAAGCAUAUGCCAAUGGAGGCAGAUGCUGUGGUCUGGGGUGCAUUAUUUUUUGCUUGCCGAAUUCAUGGAAACGUUGUAAUGGGAGAAAGAGCAGCUUCAAAACUUCUUGAGUUAGAUCCUCAUGAUAGUGGAAUUUAUGUUUUGCUCGCAAGUAUGUAUGGUGAGGCAGAAAUGUGGAAGGAGGCUGGAAAGGUAAGGAAAAUGAUGAGGGAGAGGGGAGUAGAGAAGACUCCUGGUUGUAGCUUAAUUGAAGUGGAUGGCAUUGUUUAUGAGUUUAUUGUUAGGGACAAAUCACAUCCUCGGUCAGAACUGAUUUAUGAAUGUUUAGCUUGCUUAGCAAGGCAGUUGGAUCUUGUUGGUGUCCUUGGGGAGGACUCUCUUGGGCUCUGAAUGCGGUAGAUAGAUUUGAAUUAAAUGGCCAGAGAACUGUUUGAAGCUCUCUGAAUGUUUAAUCAGUUCGCCAGCUGGGAACUGUCUUUGAGAAGGUUGUUUGCCGGCUGCAACACAUUUCCAGCCCUCCCCUGGGCGUUCGAACUUGCAUGGGGGCUUUCAGAGGCAUGUUCUGUAUAAGAGGAACUUUUUCAUGUGAAGUUAUUCAGAUGAAUCAUCUGAUGACUCAAUCAUGCUGAACAACACUUGAUUUGGAAUUGUUUGCCUAACCAUUUCACCUCUGUUGGUUGAAGCUGCAUUAGCAAAGGCUGUGCUGGCAUCGCCACUGGUUUUAUUAGAAAGAUUUUUUCCUGCUGCAUCCGAAGAAGCUGCUGCUCUGAUCAGUGUGUGAAGCUUCUCAUGUGAAACUAGGAUGAGAUGAUAGAGGCUGGUUGGCUCUAAUGAUUUUAUUGUUUCAGAGAGGGAACAGAGUCAAUAUCAGCCAUUCCUUGUGCAGGACUUUUAGCACUUUCAAGAGCUACUUGAAGAGGCUGCUCCUUUUUGAGAAAUAUCAUCAUUUCCACUGGAAAUGUUUGCCUAACAGCCUGUCAUCUGGUGGUUCUGCUUGUUCUUCUUUUUCUUGUACUUGGCUACUCCCGGACUGCAGGAGCACAAUUGGGUGAAGGCUGUAAAGUGGGAGGAGGCAAUUCAGUUUUUCAGUGUCUUAAUUGAUUAUACAUGACUGCUCUCUUCAUUUGGCAUUGCUGACCUCUACAUUUGAGCAUCCAAGCACGCAUCAGCUUCAUUCUUUACCUCGGCUUUUACGUUGGGAUUUGGGAAUUUAAAUCUGUUCGAAGUUGGUGAUUGUAACUUCAAAGUUGCAGGUUAGCAUGUUAUUUGGUGCACAGUGUUUAUGCAUGUUGUAUCGUAAUGAACUUGAGAUUUUUAUUAGUUCUAAGUGUCUGUGUUAUGUUAUUAAUGCCUUCAAGAUAUCGUAGAGAAUGGUCCUAAGAAAGCAUACUUAUUGAGUAACUAGAGUGACUAGGAAUAGGUGAAAGAGGUCUAUGCUCUACUGUAUCAUAAGGUCAAAUCCAUCUAUUCAUUCCCCAACCUGUGAUUCUUUAAAUUUUUUUCCCCAGGAUAACCUUUUCAGCAAACAUGCAAGAAAAAAGCUUUCCUGUUCAUUGUUGUCGAUUUAAUUCACUCAAAUUGUUAUCUUGUAUGUUGCCGCUAUGCUAAUGUGUAAUGGAUUUACUUAUUUUCUUACUUUUCA